AUCACUAUAUUUUCAUCUUCUUUUUAUAUCAUUCUUAAGAUAAUUUCAACACUUCUCUUUUCUUCAUCUUUUUUUUUCUUUUCUCCAAUGGCCGAACAUCAGCCGUACCAGCCGUCCCACCAGCAGACCGGCUCGCAGCCGCGCUACCAGGUUGUCAAGGCCGCCACUGCCGCCACCGCUGGUGGUUCUCUCCUCGUUCUUUCCGGCCUCAUCCUCGCCGGAACCGUCAUUGCUCUGACCAUCGCGACGCCACUGCUCGUCAUUUUCAGCCCGGUUCUUGUCCCGGCUGUGAUCACCGUUUCCCUUCUUAUAAUGGGGUUCUUGGCGUCCGGCGGGUUUGGGGUCGCUGGCAUUACUGUCUUUUCAUGGAUCUACAGGUAUGUGACAGGGAAACACCCACCAGGAGCGGACCAACUAGACCUAGCUCGGCACAAGCUAGCAAGUAAAGCUCGAGAAAUGAAGGACCGAGCCGAGCAAUUCGGACAGCAACACACCUCUGGCCCUCAGACUUCUUAAAAAGAACAAAGACAUAACAAUGGGUUCGUCUUCCCCUUUUUUUUGGUUGUGUGUUUUUUUCUUUUGAAGUGUCGUACGUUAAUUUCUAUGUUAUAAUGUCUUCUCUUCUGUACAGAAAGCUAUUUAAUUAGCUUUCUCUCAAGUGUCUUUGUAAGGGACCUUUCCUUUUCUUUUCCUCCCUUUUGUACGUAUUCUCAUUUGGCUUUUUCAUUUUUCUUUUGUUUUUGUCUUUUUUUCUAAUGAUCGAAGAACUGAAAUGGUGGAGUACUACCUGGAUUAUAUUUGAGUUUGAAUAAUAUAUAAUGUGUAUUGGUUCUCAA